AUGACACGCUGUACACAAGCAGCUUUAUUACAGCACUGUCUGUUUGCUCCCUUUCCCCUUGGUUUUUAGUCCAUUGCUGUGAGAUGGGAGCCUCAACCAAUACACUUUUUUCCUAUCUGCAAACAUGGAAGGCUUAUGGCUAGAAGGAAACGCUGGUGAGUGAAUUGGGCUGAGGUGACACCAUGUGUUGAAGGACCUAGUUUUCCCAUAACCCAGCAUGAGUUGGGGGAGGUUCCAUCCACACACUGACCUUGGAUCGGUGUUACACCGAUGGUUAAGGUUAGUAUCGAGGAGGAGAAGCUGAUCCUAGAUCUGUACCUAACAUCACCCCGGUGAUCCACCUACAGUGGAGCAGACACUGAAGUUGUAGUUAAUCAUUUCUUGUUGGGUCACAACUCAUCCACACAGGCAGAUGGCAGUUGGCUGCAACUCCUCGUCACUUUAUUAAAAGUACAUUCAGGGAAGGCAGCCAUGUUAUCCGCAGGAUCCUUUGUUGUACUUAUGGCUCUAGUGGGUUUGGGGGGACAGGGUUUAGGUGAUCCCUUGACCGGCCCCCAUCCUCCCCUACCAGCGGACCAGGACUUGUUCUGGGGAUCAGACCAGUAUGACUUUGCCGUGGUGCUUGGUGCUUCUGGACUGGAGUGCUUCUGGCACUUUGCACACCAAGGGGAGCACUUCUACUUGACUUUUAUGGUCCAGUGGGUGACUGGUGUCGGCAACGACAGACAUUUAUCUGUAACCGUCAACUCUCCACAAGGGUUGCUUGUGUCCAAAAUUGACGAAGCUUCAGGUCAAAUCAAAUUCAUUGCUGAGGAGACGGGUUUCUACCAAAUGUGCUUCAGCAACUUCCACAACCGAUUUGGCAGCAUGCAGGUCUUUCUCAACUUUGGUGUCUACUAUGAGGGUUUUGCUGACAAACAGAAACAGAAGGAGGAAGAGAAAAAGGAAAAGGAGGAAGUGAAGAAAGACUUGAACAACACCCUGUCUUCCAUAGAGGAGGCUUCCCAUCGCCUGGAGAAUUACGUGUUCCACAUGUUUCGACACUACAAUUUUGGCCGCAUGAGGAGAGGUGCGGACCACUACCUCCUCCAGUCCAACUCCAAAUACGUCACCUGGUGGUCGGCGGUCCAGAGUGUGGUCAUCAUCAUGGCAGGUUACCUGCAGCUCUACUUCCUCAAGAGGCUAUUCAACACCAAACCAUCUCCCGAGGCCCCUGAGAAACCUUGCUGCUGAGGCCACAUCCUCAAAUCGGCUUUUCCAUCUAGAUAGAAAAUACUAGAACAACCUGCUUUGACUGAAUUCAAAGGGAAUUGAACUGAACCUGUUGUUAAUGUUACUCAAAUGGUCAACUCACCAGUGCAUCUCUGUUGGAAUUGAUUAAAGUUUGAAUGUGUUUGUGAGUGUAGCAAAGAAGAUGGUGACAAAUGUUCAGUCUUUGUGCCUUAACAAUAAUUGAGUGGAAAUAUUAACUAAUCAUCUACCUGAAUAAAUCUGACUACAUAUUUUCUAUA